GUGUUGCUUGCUCCGUGAAGACAAAGUGGUCAAUCGCUGAGGGACUUCAUACUAGGCACAACAUGAAGGCUGUGAAAGCAACGCUACUCACACUGACCAUAUUAUCAACUGCCUACUUUGAGAUAGCAGUCAACUUUCCGACGUCUUUUCCAGAACGAGAUAACAGCUUUCCUGAAGCGGAACAUAAAACACAAUUCACUACGGAAAGCCAAAACAGCAGUAAAUCGCUCAAAUUUACCGGAAAGUCUCAGUUCAAGGAAACCCCGUACAGUGGAGAUGUUGAUGCAAGUCAGCGUAACUCGUCGCACGGCGAUGGAUCUUACGUCAAUAAUCAGAAAAAUGGAAACCGCACCUUCGCAUUCAUAGUGGACAGGAUAUGGAAGCUAACACACCCAGAUUUAGCAAUAUCAGAGCUGUGUUCCGAUUGGAACAUUACUUGCUCGCGAAAAUGCACAGAAUAGUUCGCAUUACAAGGAAUACACGAUGUGUCCAGGUUCUGUUAGGACUGUGUUCAUUAAACAUAUAAGACGUGAA